GGUCGUCGGCUGCAGAUUAUGAGUCAUCAUCAGUCACCGUGAGUGAGCACCACAGUUCGUGUCUCAAAGUGCCUGCAGCAGCGCGAUUACCCUCGCGGAACGCCGCGGCGCGUGCACCCGAUGACACCAGACACAAACGCUUGCUCUUUCAGCGCAGCUCUUUCGGGCAAAAAGUAAAAAAGGCAACGACAGAGAGGGGGAGCGCCGAGUACCCACAGUGUUCUGCUAGAGGGCAUGGCAUACCUGGACAAGGACGACAAGAACCUCAAUUCCAGCCUUCGCUUAAGAAUACGAUAUCCAUCCGCCCUCGUGCUCACAGGCCCUUUCGCGAGCGCUCACAGUCUCGACUCUUUAUUUCGGAAAGUCCGCGGCAGCUAAGAGCUGACUGGUCGCAAUUGGCACAUGCCCGAUCAGACUCCUACAGCCAAGAAGCGCAAAGUACAAAUGUCCGGGCCAUGCACGUUCACCUCAACAAGCCCGAACCCUGCUCCAGGGGGGCCCUCCGUCCAUCAUCUUAGGCCUCUUUUUUACUGUGGUUUGAUCCACACUGCUUUGGUGCGAUGCCGUGAGGGCCAACCAAUCGAAAAUUCCGCCUAUCAGCUAGCCCCCAAGCGACCGCUUAUGCAGCAUACCAAGCAAAAGUCGAAAGGCAACUUCCGCUGACGUUAUUCUGGUUGUGAUCCAUUCAAAGCUGCUUCAGCGGUGCGGUGCCGCUUUUGAAGCGCUCACGGCGACCCCACAGAGUUCGGCGCUCGAGACCAGCCUUCAUCGAUGCGAUGCGCAGCGCAAAGGAUUCAGCUACACAUCCAAGCUCACUAGGACGUCUACAGCCCGGGCUGCAAGUAUUGCGAAGAGUGCUUUGUGCGUUGGAUUCCGUCUUGCAGCCGGCGCCACCUUCAUUUUCCGCGCGAGUCUGCGGCCCGACUCGAUAGCUUGGAUGGCCCAGCUUAUCUCGUUGCACUCGCAACCGCUACCCGAAUGGGAGCCGCGUCUUUCGCCAGCGCACUCGUCCGCUGCCGAGCUUCCAUAAUUACGCAGCGAUGGUAGCGUGGGGUCCGAGCACGGCAUCCUGCGCUUGGUUCAGGAAAAGCCCGACUGCCCAAGCCCAAGCCCUCCGAGUAGAAGUAGACCAUUGAGCCUUGGCGCGGCGCGACUCCCAUCCUCAAGAGGGCGUGCAUGUCCAUGGAGGGGCGCCUGCGCAGGGGAGUCAGAUUGGCAGCAAAGGGUCUUUCGCGGAAGAUCGCCUCGCCAAAUCAAGUCGAUGGCCGGCCAAGCGGAUGGUGCGGUAUGUGGUGCAGGACGGUAUUCUCAUCCGCGAGAUCGACCGCGAGAUCGAGGCUUAAAGGUUGUCGUUCCAGGCAAGGCAGUCAAAUCGGGCGGAGCGGAUGGGCGCGAGUCAAGAGUCGGGAUCUGCCGGCGUCGUUCACUGUUCAACGCAUCCCUUUCGCUUGGCGUCAUGCGCUUUCCGAUCGUCCUACUCGCUCUCCAUGGCGCAUGCACACCGGUGGCAUGCUGACAGUCAAGCGUGCUCAAGCCUUCAUAUAUCAAUGAACGACCACACUCGCUCUCGCGAGGUCGCUCAAUUGGACCAAGACUUUCAGCUCUCUGUUCCGCUGGUGAACGCUUUGAGUGUCUCCCACCAGCCCACUGAGAGCCUCGCCGGCACGCACCUGAGACUACCCCCUCCGCGUCAUCGACAAAGCGCUGCCCUCCCGACGAGUCAAGGAUCUUUAGGCAGCCUCGAUGUGGAUCCGACCACGGAUAUGAAGCCCGUAGGGGCUUGCCUCGUCAUAUUAUUCAACUCCCACGCCAGUAUCACCUUUCGUGACCGUUAUCGGCCCAAGACUGCUGUGCUCAAUCAUCACCCAACGCCGGCCGUGCAGCCGUGCGAGCUAUGACGUGGUGCGCCAGGCAUCCAUGAGGGUCGCCAUCAGAGCGGUCAGUGGGUGCGUGCAGUCAGCCGAGGAUAUCAUCAGGGUCAGCAAAGGUCAGCUGGCUUAAGCCCUAGCUUAUGAGUGCUCUAUCAGCGAGCCUUUCCGAGUACGGUACGGAUCACGAGCGCUGAUGAUGCUGCUGCUGCUGCUGCUGCGCUGGUCUUGCACUCAGACUGCAGGUCACUUAACGCGCACGCCCUUGAUAUGCACGAAGAUCUGUGCGCAUGAUUCUGGAAGCCUAACGGGCUGGCCUGCAGCCUUCCAUACAGAAAGCGAGCCACCGCUGUUGGUCCGUGGAUCCCCACCCGCAAGUCAGCGAGCGAGUCUUAAUCCUGAUUCGAUUUUCGAAUUGGCCCCUGGGGUCCCAUGGUUCGUCCAAGGUACGCCGCGAGUGCCCUCGUGCGGGGGAUUGGCAGGCAAAGCUGCGAUAGGCAGUUUCGACUCUUUUUGACUGCUCCAGUACCUCGCCAACGUCGAGAGUUCCUCUUUGAGGCUGUGCGCGCCCCCGCUCAGGAGGGAGGGAGGUGCUAGACUUGUAUGCCCGUUGGCGACACCGUCUCCAGUCCUGAAUUGAACAUCGUCAGUCGUGGAGUUCCUCGCCUUGGCUUGACCUGACCAAGUGUGAACUCAGAACGUCGAGAGCAUGCUGUCUGGUUGGUUUUCGCACUCAUAAGCGUCGCUGAAGGCGACGAAGCCAACCUUGCGUUCGCCCUUCGUUUUGAAUGUCUUCUCACCAUUUCUCGCGUGCAGGGCGCACCCAAGCAGUAUGGACAGUCUGGUCAAAUCUCUCCGCGAAUGAAGCAAUGAUCAUAUAUCGUGUCUUCCUCGGAUUUCAGCAAUAGUUGUAUACAGGGCAACAGACUUGGCCUAGUGCGAUGAAGGGUAUCUCAAUGAUUUGAGGAAGAAGGCAAGAGCAUAGAAUCAGGAAAUGCCAAAAUGGGGGUUGUUGCUCCCACUUUCUCAUUUUUGGGCGGGUCAAAGGCCAGACUCGAAGAUUCCCAUUAAUACGUGGCUGCGACCGGACAAGGAUUGCAUCACAGAGAC